UGAGCCACCAGUGCCUGACUCAAGUGAUUUUUUAAAAAAACUAUUUUUCUCUCUCUUGAAGAGUCAACCAAGAUUGAACCCAAGGUGCAGGAAGGAACUCAGUACAAGCCCUUCUGCGACACAGACCUGGACAUCUUCGGAACACAUGACACAGGGCACAGCCAGCAUGUGAUUUUAGUUGCCAAAUAUGACAAUUGAAAAAGAAAAAACAAGCUAAACAAAAUGCAGAGACAGCCUCAGCUGUAGCCACAAGGACUCAUCCUGGGAAAGAAGAUUCUCAUUCAGACAUUUUAGAACAAGACAAGUGUAAUAUCACUGUGGAAGAGGAAUAUAUUACUGAUGAGAAAAAAAAGAGAAAAAAUAAUCAGUUAAAGGAAAUCAGGCGCACAGAACUGAAGAGAUACUACAGUAUUGAUGACAAUCAAAACAAAACACAUGAUAAAAAAGAGAAGAAGAUGGUGGUUCAGAAGCCGCAUGGUACCAUGGAAUACACUGCUGGAAGCCAGGACACCCUAAACUCCAUAGCACUGAAGUUUAACAUCACUCCCAAUAAAUUAGUGGAACUGAAUAAACUUUUCACACAUACUAUCGUUCCAGGCCAGGUCCUUUUUGUGCCAGAUGCCAACUUUCCGUCCAGUACCUUAAGGCUAUCAUCAUCCAGUCCUGGUGCUACUGUUUCUCCUUCAUCAUCAGAUGCAGAAUAUGACAAACUGCCUGAUGCUGACUUAGCAAGAAAGGCCUUAAAACCCAUCGAAAGAGUGUUAUCAUCUACUUCUGAAGAAGAUGAACCAGGCGUGGUAAAGUUUCUAAAAAUGAAUUGUCGAUACUUCACUGAUGGAAAGGGUGUGGUUGGAGGCGUCAUGAUUGUCACUCCUAACAACAUCAUGUUUGACCCUCAUAAGUCUGAUCCCCUGGUUAUUGAAAAUGGGUGUGAGGAGUAUGGCCUCAUCUGCCCCAUGGAAGAGGUUGUUUCCAUUGCUCUCUACAAUGACAUUUCCCACAUGAAGAUCAAAGAUGCUUUGCCAUCUGACCUACCUCAGGAUCUUUGUCCUCUGUACAGGCCUGGAGAGUGGGAAGACCUGGCUUCAGAAAAUGAUAUUAACCCAUUCAGUAAGUUCAAAUCCAUCAACAAGGAAAAACGACAACAGAAUGGAGAGAGAACCAUUACUUCAGGUUCAAAAUCAACAGGCUCUUUGGAGGAAUUGACAGGAUACACACAUACAAAGCUCUCAGGCAGCUCUGUGUCAGGGAAAUCAAAGAAACUGGAACUCUCCAGGGAGACAAACAGUGGAUCUCCCACAGUGAGUCAGCUCUGCCAGGAACCUUUGGGGACACACACAGCAUUUGAAUCUAUAGCCAAAGAAAACUCCCUUUUAGUGGAAGAUGAUGACUUCGUUGACUUGGAAGAACUUUCUGCUCAACCUGAGAAUAGAAUAGACAAAAGAUACACCUCGAAGGAAUGCCUUUUAACUGAUCCGCAGGAGCAAAAGAAGAUGGAGACACAAAUAAUCAAUUCCACUGUGGAAAUGCAGGUGCAGUCGGCCCUUAACUUUUUAGGAACAGAGAGUGAUAAGGAACUUAAGGGGGCCCUAGAUUUAGAAACCUGUGAAAAGCAAGAUAUCAUGCCAGAAAUGGACAAGCAGUCUGGAUCCCCAGAAACACAGGUAGAAAACACACUGAACAUACAUGAAGAUCUAGAUAAAGUUAAACUCAUUGAAUAUUACCUAAAUAAGAACAAAGAAGGGUCACAAUUAUCAGAAAAUUUGCAGAAGGCAGAAUUAAGUGACGGCAAAAGUACUGAACCAGAGGGAAUAGACAUUACUCUUAGCAGUUCUCUUCUCCAGACAAGUGAGCCCCCACUUGAGGGCAAUAAAGAAGCAGAUAAAACCUGGGUAAAAGAGAAAGACUCCUUUCCACUGAAACUGGACGUAAAUACAGAAGAAAAUGUGACUAAAGAUAAAGAGUCUCCAGACUCCUCCUUGGAAUCUACUCUGGAAAACAGCUGUCAAGGUGCACAAAUGGAUAACAAAUCUGAAAUUCAGUUAUGGCUGUUAAAGAGAAUUCAGGUGCCCAUUGAAGAUAUACUUCCUUCAAAAGAAGAAAAGAGUAAGACACCACCCAUGUUCCUGUGCAUCAAAGUGGGAAAACCAAUGAGAAAGUCUUUUGCCACUCACACAGCAGCCAUGGUCCAGCAGUAUGGUAAACGAAGAAAGCAGCCAGAAUACUGGUUUGCUGUUCCCCGAGAGAGGUACGUAUGAGCCAAAAAAAAUCUGCUGGUCAAUUAGAUUCCAUUCAGAUAUUACUUAUCUUAAAAGACUUAAUUUCAUUCUUGAAUAAGAGCUUUCUCUUAAUUGUAUAUUACAGAAUUUCUGGAAGCAUAUUGAGUAGCUUUCUGUUAGUGGGUAGCU